AUGAAUGUUACAACAUUUCCAUCACAAGACUUUUAUUAUCAUUUUGAAUUAAUUCAGACAAUUUCAAUAAUUUUUUCACCACUCAUUCUAACAUUAUGUGCUGUAGGUAAUUUUUUAUCAUAUCUCGUUUUAAUAAGUCGUCAUUUACGUAAACAACCAACGGCAUGUUAUUUAGCUGUUCUAUGUGUGAUUGAAAUUGGAACAUGUUUUACUGGUCUUCUACGACAGUUUUUAAUUGAUGCAUUUAAAAUUGAUAUAAGAACAAUGGAACAUCUGACAAUAAAUCCAUAUUUUCGUACAAUAUUUUGUCGUACUCAUAUUUAUCUUACGUAUGUAUUUCUUCGUCUAUCUCCAAUUAUUGUUGUUGUUGUAACAAUUCAACGUUAUUUAUAUGUGUCAAAAAAAUUUCCUUGUAUGCAGCAAAAAAUAUGUUUUCAAAUAUUUUUUAUUAUUAUAUGCGUUUGUGCAUGUGAAUCUCAUUUUUUAGUUUAUUAUGAAUAUACACUAUCGGACACUCGUCCGAAAUACGAACAAAAAAUGGAAUGUACAGUGAAUAAAGAAAAUUAUCCUAAAUAUUAUCAAUUUCGUAGUCAAUAUUAUGGUAAAAUAUCUCUAGGUUUAUUUACAUUGUUACCACUUAUUCUAAUGAUUAUAUUCAAUGGAUUAAUAAUACAAACAAUUCAUCGAUCAGCAAAACGUAGUAAACAAAAAAAUGCAUCAAAAAAACGAAUUAUUACACGUAUGCUGUUAACUGUUAGUCUAUUUUUUACCAUUUUAACAUCACCAGCUAGCAUUUAUAUUGCUCUUGCAUCACCCACCUAUCAGUUAUCACGCUAUUAUUUUCUACAAUGGACACUAUUAAGAUUACUUUUUUAUUUAUGUCAUUCUGUGAACUUUCUAUUAUACUGUGUUAGUGGUUCAAUAUUUCGUCAAGAGUUUUUGGCAAUUAUAUUGUGUCAAUCAUCAUCAUCGCACCAAAAACGACGUCAAAUUAGACAAGGCCAAUAG